UGUCUGGGGACGACAUUGGCAUGGUCCUGUGUCGACGUUCUAAGUGACGAUGAUUUGAGUUAUAGUAGCUUUCAUCAUGAUUGUUAUAGUCAGAGAAAAGAAAGGUUAUGUUGGGCGCCGGAGAAGGAGAAGAAGAGAACUUAUGAAGAACUUCCACCUCCACUUUCGUUGCUGGCGCGUACGGAGAAUCUGCCUUCUCACAUGCCUUGGGUUUUGAAGAGGCAUUACACCACCGAUGGACGGUUGAUUUUGACGGAGGAGAAGGUUCGGCACCAUGAGUACUUCAGGGCCCAUAGAUCCAAUGGGCGCCUUAGACUACAGCUUGUCCCUCUUGACGGCCAGGUUUUGGUUCCGCCAGUCGUUUGUUGUGAUGAUGAUGAUCAUGAUGAGGAGGAGGUGGAUGAUUAUGAUGGGUACUAUUGUGACAAUCAUGAUGUGCUCUACGAUGACAAUCUCGAUGCUUAUGAUGGUGACGAUGAUGCUUAUGAUUACGAUUACGAUUGUCAUUGUGAUUAUGAUUAUGAUUAUGACAAUGACUGCGAUGGUUUUUGUCGUCAUGGUGGUGUUGAACAAACAAUUAAGGUUGUCAAUUCAUCAACUGCGUCAGCUGGGAAGUGUCGCAAUAUUAACACUACUGUGAGAACAAAGUCAUCGUGCAUCGUGGGAGUGCUAGCGCCAGCGAUCAGAUGUGUGAAGGGCAAUACAAAUGGAUCAAGGAAAGGCUUUCUGGGGCAAGCUGGAUUUGGCGGUCUAUUUCGUGACCAUGCUGGUCAAGUUAUGAUCAGCGCUUUUUUUGACAAUAUCGGAAUCUCCUUUACUCAUAGGGCUAAACUUGCAGCCUUCAUCUUUGCUAUGAUUAUAGCUUGGGAGAAGGGUUGGUUACAUUAUGGUUGGAUACAGAUUCUCAGUUGGUCCUAUCUCUUUUCUCUAAACCCCUUUCUGUUCUUUGGUCUUUGUGUCCUAAGUGGGGACAUUGAUGUUAUCUAAUAAGCCUGCACGAUCGAGCUUCAGAGUUUCUCAUUUAGGAAAAAAUGGCGAUACAUGCGGUGACUGAUAAUCUUGCCAAACCAUGUCUUGGGGGGAUAAUACUGGUUUUUUAACUCCUGACUUAAUAGCCAGGGAUUGGAAUUGCUCAUUGUAUAUGGUUCUUUUCGUUGCCUUUAGCUGUACUCAAAGAAUUCCUGAAUCAUAUAGGUAUAUAUUUAGAGAAAAAAAGAAGGGCUUGUAGUCUCCCCAAGGUCAGCCCUAGGGGCAGGGCACCGAUUGCAAGGGCAUGAGCCCCAUAUUGAGAGGGUCCCCAUAAAAUUUUUAUUUUAUAUGUUUCGGUUUUAUUAGUUCAGAAAAAUUAAAGAAGUGAAACUCUAAAAGACUAGUGUGAUGAUGGUAAAGAUGGAGUUUCUCGCCAUGAGGCAGCUCAGCCCAUUUUAGUCUUGUUUAUUUUUUCAAUUGGAUUUUUGCUGUGAUUAAUUUAUAGUUAUUUUACAA